AUGGCUUCCUCGCUUGUCACCCUCGAUGCUUCUGAGCCUAUCGAUACGAUCAUCAAGAUAAUUGAGAAGGACGGCGGCGUUAUCAUUUCAAACUUUCUUUCCCCUGAUCUUUUGAAGGAAACCAAUGACGCUAUCGAGCCUCAUUUCAAGGGCCGCAAGAUCUACGAUUCAAAAGCUACUCACGAUGAACUCGGAGCAGACUUCUUUCCCGAAGGCUCCCAGCGUGUCUAUGCACUGUUAUCCAGAAUACCGCAACAGUUAACUAAGAUUGUGCGUCUUCCAGUUUGGAAAAGUAUCAUGGGCCGCUUUUUGAAUGACGAAUUCGCUUCCUAUACUGGUGAGACUCUCGUACCGCAAAAGAGCGGUUAUAUGCUCGCAUCAACUGCAGCACUCCGCUUGGUACCUGGAGCCAAAUCACAGCCACUGCACAGGGCCACUGCCGUCAUUCCUGGAAGUCACCUAUGGGGUGCAGACCGGGCACCAAAGAAAGAAGAAUGCACAUAUGCAGAAAUGGAACCCGGCUCGGCUUUAUUUACCCUUGGAUGCGAGAAUAUAUCCGAGUAUACGGAUCCGGAUGCACUUCGAACACUUUUUGCUGUCUUUGCUCAACGGGACUAUUUCCGACAAGACCAGGAUGAAGUCUUAUCUACGCCUAUUGAAAUCGCUCGUACACUUCCAGAGGACGUUCUGAGACUUGCCGGAUAUUACAAGGCUCUCAGUGGCGUCGGAUAUAACAUACAUAGCAUUUCAAGGUUUGGCUACCAUGUUAUAAACACAGGUGAAAGCAAGAUGACAACCGGUCGAGAUCUCCGAUCACAGACGCUCUUUGGCGUCAAGGACUAUGUUGCCGUCAUUACAGGCGCUGCAACUGGCAUGGGCCUCAUGGCAGCACAAACCCUAGCCAACAACGGUGCGCGUGUCUACCUUAUCGGCCGACGACAGGAUAUUCUCCAAAAGGCAGCUGAUGUGAUAAACUCCGAGGAAUGCAAUGACGGCAAAGCGACUGCUUUACCAGCGGACAUCACCCUCACAGACGAUAGACGCAAAGCGGUGUCCGAACUGACUCGACUCGAGCCCAAGGGCGUAAACAUCCUUAUCAACAAUGGAAGCGUAUCUCCAGAAGAACGCGCACGUUCCGAGACUCACGACGUCAACUUCAGCGAUGUGUCCGCCGUUGCCAGCUGGAUGACGACCGAUGGGCCGGACGCUUGGAAAGACGCAUUUGCAGGCAAUGUCGCUGCCCAUCAUUUCCUGACAGCCGCAUUGCUUCCGCUACUCGACAAGGGUAGACAGCAUACACAGGGCCAUUCGAGCGUAAUCCUGAAUAUCUCUUCUGCUUCCGGCUUGACCAAGACGCAUAGCCAUGGCCAAUUCGCUUUUUCAUCGGCAAAGGCUGCGUUUAUUCAUCUAACCAAGCAAUGGGCGCAUACAUUCCUCCCGUUGAGAAUUCGCGUGAACUGUAUUGCGCCGGGUGUCUUUCCUCCUAUAUUUCCGGGGGAAGGUGUGAGAGAUGAGACGCAGCGGGAGAGGUUGCAGAAAAUUGGACAUGAGAUCCCUGCCUCUCGUCCAGGCAAAGACACUGAUAUCGGCAGUGCGGUUCUCUUUCUAUGCAGUAAAGCAGGUACCUAUGUGAAUGGACAGAUUCUCCAUGUUGAUGGUGGUAUCUUGCUGAAAACGCCUUCAACAGUGUAA